GGCGCCGUCCCGCCUCGGUGCCCGACUCCGGGCGCUCAGAAGUGCGGGACAGAAUCGCAGCGAGCGCGGAGCCGAAGCUCAGCCCCGACUUGUUGAUCUCGCCCAAGCAGCCGCCACCGCUGCCGCGGGAGCAGGAGAAGGAGGAGGAGGCGCCGCCGCCCGAUCCCGGUCUUGCCACCCGCGCCCCCAGCCUCAGAGAGCGCGCUCCGGCCCCGCAGCGCCUGCUGCUCCGACGCGUCGCCUGCCCGUCCGGCGUAGGCCGGGCCCAGCCCGGCCCCGGGUCCGCCGCUGCCCGCGGGCGGGGGCGCCCGGGCGACCGCGGCGAUGCGCGGUCCCUGGCCCCGGGAGGCGGCCACCCUGGGGCCGUCGGGAUGGAGGUGAGAAGACGGCCGUGACGCGCGCCCGCGCGGCCCCCUGCACCCCCAGCAGCUCACAGCGCUCCCUGCCCCCCUCCCCCGCGGCGGCUGGCCUUGCCCUCCAGUGACAGCGGCCUGGGGGGGCAGGGGGGGCGGGGGCGGCCGGACCAGCGAUGCCGGCGGGCAUGACGAAGCAUGGCUCACGCUCCACCAGCUCGCUGCCACCCGAGCCCAUGGAGAUCGUGCGCAGCAAGGCGUGCUCGAGGCGCGUCCGCCUCAACGUUGGUGGGCUGGCGCACGAGGUGCUCUGGCGCACCCUGGACCGCCUGCCCCGCACGCGGCUGGGCAAGCUGCGUGACUGCAACACGCACGACUCGCUGCUGGAGGUGUGCGAUGACUACAGCCUCGACGACAAUGAGUACUUCUUCGACCGCCACCCGGGCGCCUUCACCUCCAUCCUCAACUUCUACCGCACCGGACGGCUGCACAUGAUGGAGGAGAUGUGCGCGCUCAGCUUCAGCCAAGAGCUCGACUACUGGGGCAUCGACGAAAUCUACCUGGAGUCCUGCUGCCAGGCCCGCUACCACCAGAAGAAGGAGCAGAUGAAUGAGGAGCUCAAGCGCGAGGCAGAAACCCUACGGGAGCGGGAGGGCGAGGAGUUCGAUAACACGUGCUGCGCCGAGAAGAGGAAAAAGCUCUGGGACUUACUGGAGAAGCCCAAUUCCUCUGUGGCCGCCAAGAUCCUUGCCAUAAUUUCCAUCAUGUUCAUCGUCCUCUCCACCAUUGCCCUGUCUCUCAACACACUGCCCGAGCUGCAGAGCCUUGACGAGUUUGGCCAGACCACAGACAACCCCCAGCUGGCCCACGUGGAGGCCGUGUGCAUUGCAUGGUUCACCAUGGAGUACCUGCUGCGGUUCCUCUCCUCCCCUAAAAAGUGGAAGUUCUUCAAGGGCCCGCUCAAUGCCAUUGACUUGUUGGCCAUCCUGCCAUAUUAUGUCACCAUCUUCCUCACUGAAUCCAACAAGAGCGUGCUGCAGUUCCAGAAUGUCCGCCGCGUGGUCCAGAUCUUCCGCAUCAUGCGUAUUCUCCGCAUUCUUAAGCUCGCACGUCACUCCACUGGCCUCCAGUCCUUGGGCUUCACUCUGCGGAGGAGCUACAAUGAGCUGGGCUUGCUCAUCCUCUUCCUUGCCAUGGGCAUCAUGAUCUUCUCCAGCCUUGUCUUCUUUGCCGAGAAGGAUGAGGAUGACACCAAGUUCAAAAGCAUCCCAGCCUCUUUUUGGUGGGCCACCAUCACCAUGACGACCGUUGGGUAUGGAGACAUCUACCCCAAGACUCUCCUGGGGAAAAUUGUGGGGGGUCUUUGCUGCAUUGCAGGGGUCCUGGUGAUUGCUCUUCCCAUCCCCAUCAUUGUCAAUAACUUCUCUGAGUUCUACAAGGAGCAGAAGAGGCAGGAGAAAGCAAUCAAGCGGAGAGAGGCUCUGGAGAGAGCCAAGAGAAAUGGCAGCAUCGUAUCCAUGAACAUGAAGGAUGCAUUCCCCCGGAGCAUCGAGGUGAUGGACAUUGUGGUUGAGAAAAGUGGAGAGAACAUGGGUCAGAAAGACAAAGUGCAAGAUAAUCACUUGUCUCCCAACAAAUGGAAAUGGACAAAGAGGACACUGUCCGAAACCAGCUCAAGUAAGUCCUUUGAAACCAAGGAGCAGGGAUCCCCUGAGAAGGCCAGAUCAUCUUCUAGUCCUCAGCACCUGAACGUCCAGCAGUUGGAAGACAUGUACAAUAAGAUGGCCAAGACACAGUCUCAACCCAUCCUCAAUACUAAGGAGCCAGCAACACAGAGCAAACCAAAGGAAGAACUUGAAAUGGAGAGUAUCCCCAGUCCCGUAGCCCCUCUGCCCACUCGUACAGAAGGGGUCAUUGACAUGCGAAGCAUGUCAAGCAUUGAUAGCUUCAUUAGCUGUGCCACAGACUUCCCUGAAGCCACCAGAUUCUCCCACAGCCCUUUGGCAUCACUCCCCAGCAAAACCGGAGGUGGCAUGGCCCCAGAGGUUGGCUGGCAGGGAGCUCUGGGUGCCACUGGUGGUAGGUUUGUGGAGGCCAACCCCCCCCCUGAUGCCAGCCAUCCCUCUGCUUUCUUCAUUGAGAGCCCAAAGAGUUCCAUGAAGACCACCAACCCCUUGAAGCUUCGAGCACUUAAGGUCAACUUCAUGGAGGGGGAUCCCAGACCAUUAGUCCCCAUUCUAGGGAUGUACCAUGACCCUCUUAGGAACCGGGGGGGUGCUGCGGCAGCCGUUGCUGGGCUGGAGUGUGCCACACUCUUGGACAGGCCUGUGCUGAGUCCAGAGUCCUCCAUCUACACCACAGCAAGUGCUAGGACACCCCCCCGGUCGCCAGAGAAACACACAGCAAUAGCGUUCAACUUUGAAGCAGGUAUCCACCAGUACAUUGAUGCGGACACAGAUGAUGAGGGGCAAGUGCUCUACAGUGUGGACUCCAGCCCCCCCAAGAGCCUCCAUGGGAACACUAGUCCCAAGUUCAGCGUCGGGACAAGAUCAGAGAAGAACCACUUUGAAAGCUCCCCCUUACCCACCUCCCCUAAGUUCUUAAGGCAGAACUGUAUUUACUCUACAGAAGCAUUGACUGGAAAAACUCCCAGUGGUCAGGAAAAGUGCAAGCUUGAGAACCACAUCUCCCCCGACGUCCGCGUGUUGCCGGGGGGAGGAGCCCAUGGAAGCACACGGGAUCAGAGCAUCUGAACCACCUCCACACGGAGGAGAGACUUGUGGCAGGGUCCAAAGAGGAGUGCUGUUCAGCUUACCUGCCGUGGAGCUUUUCUGCAUGACCUCUGAAACAGAAAGGCUUUGUAAAGCCCCCAGAAAGAAGAGAGACCAGAGAAAUCUCCCUUAAAACCUUGAGAGCCAUUAACGGGUCCAUCAGAGUGAAGUUGGCCAAGCCACAGGGUAUGGCGCCUCCUUGUAACAGCUCCACGGCCCUCUUUGGAAGAUGACAAGAGCAGAACUCACAGCCACCACUACCACGUUCUAGACAUAACCAAGGCCACCUACUCCCCAUUCUUCUCUCGUGGCUUUCCAUCACAGCCUCUGAGGGCAAGAUCGCCAUCCCUCCUGGCUUCAGCUGGAGAAGGAUGCCGGAACAAGUGGCUGGUGUUAAAAGAGUGGGUUGACCAAUUUGGUUUUGGGUAUUGCCUGACCACCUCUAGGAACUUCUGUCCAUCACCUGCUGGAUGGAUCCCAUUGUUAGAAGGCUACAGGGAAUGCUUGUGUCAUGGGGAAAACUGCACCAUAAGCCACGAUCCCAGCGCAAAACCCUUCCUCAAAUGUCUUCAUUGACUUCAGUAUUCCGUAGUACCUGAGAUUUUAUUUUGAGAUAUCAUCAGGGUGAGUUGCACCACUUGUACUCAAUUCUAAUUGCCCCCUGGCAAUCUGGGAAGAGUUCAGAAGGCGGGCACUCAGCCAACAGUAUGAACUCUGAGCAUUGCUUUAGGGUUAUAGAAGGAAAAUGCUUUCUGUACAUCGCUAGUGUAGACUCAAAAGAUAUGCAAGUGUCAAAUAUGCAGAAGAAUAGCUUAUUCAAAGAGACUGUAUGUUACCGAAGAACAGAAUAAAAUCUGAUUUUUUUUUUACCUGAAAAAAACGAAAGAAAAAAAAAAAACCCCAAUUGAAAUGCCCAGUUCAGACUUUUGAAUACUUCCUGCUGGGGCAGGGAAAGCAUUUACUAUAAUAGAAAUUCUUUUUUGUUUCCUGUGAUAUUCAAGUUUGAAAAAAAAAAAAGUUAAAAUAAAAAGCACUUUAUGUUUUUCAAAAAUAGGUUCUACCAGGGACAGUGUCAACAUCUUGCACUUUAAAACAAGCAUGAUUUCCCGUGGGCCACUUGUUGGGACUACAGUUGGGUUUUUGCUCCAGGCAUGUGUCUGGCCACGGUGAGUGAUACUGUGCUGGUAUUGCUGUCUGCUGUGUCAAAGUCUGUGGGCUCCUUCCCUGCCCCCCUGAAGCUUCCCCUUAACCCUCUUGCAUCAGGAAGGGUUCUUGGCCCCUGCAUGGGGCCUCUUGUAAAGUCAUGUGUACAGGAAACAGGAACAUCUCAGAAGAAUGAAGUAGACGGUUGGGCAUUGGGUGUUUUACUCUGUUCUCUUUCUUGUCAACCAGGUGUUGGUGUGUUUUCAGUGUCACUGUCUGUACUAACAGCUCAGCUCUCCUUUCUGCAGCCAUCAAUGCAGCCAGUACCGACAAAAGCAAUAAGUAUUUGUGUGCAUUGUGAGCGGUUCUGGUCUAUCUCUUGGUGUUGGUCUUCCUGUCUUAGUUUGAUGACCUGGCGUUGGCCUGCCUGAUUUUAGUCCAACAGCAUGUUGGUGUUGGCCGUUCCUCAGGGCAGUAACACUGAGUGGAGCCGCUGGUUAGCAGGAUGCCAAGCUGUUGGCCCAUGUGUCAGUAAAGAUGACACAUUAUUGAUCUGCUUGUCUUUAGUACAAUGAACCGAUGUUGUUCUCCUAAUACAAUUUUGAAGGAUGAUGUCCCAAGUACGAUAGUGUAGAUCUGCCAAUCCUCCAUACAGUGCCAGGCAUGUGUCUUCCUGAUGGAACAAAACAUGGUUUCCCUGUCCUUCAUGGAAUAUGUUGUUGGUCUGCCUGUUAGUACAAUGGCACAAUCCACCUGUCAGUGCACAGACAUCAUGGCGUCAUUCUGCCUGCGCUCUGCACAGUGGCAUGAGGUUGGGCAACCUGUCACAGGUAUGAUGACGUGGCAUCAUUCCACUGCCCUUAAAAACGCGUGUUCUCUGCUGCGUAUACACCCGGUUCAUACUGCUUCUCAGCAUCUCCAAGGAUUGUAGAUCCCUCCAAGAGGGUGCAGUCCUGUUUUUUGCUGCAUUAACAAAGUAUCUUGACUCUGGAAGUUUCUUCGGAGUACUCUCGCAGCAAAUGCAAAGGGAUUUAAGGGGCAGGGAGUAUGAGGUCAGCCUGUGCUGGUGGCACACCAGAGAGAGGAAGCUCCCAAGGUGCUUUACUGAGCAUACAGUACAAGCUGGGGGCCUGUGGAGGAAAGGCCGCAGAACAGUCCUCCCUGGGCCAUCUCACGUCUCUUUGUUUCCAUCACCAUUUACAUCCGCCAUCAGCACAAAUGUGAAAAUUCAGGGAAAACAAACAAAUGCUUUUUGAUAAAAGUAAAUAGUUGUGAUUUCCGAUUCAGAUUUUUUAGAGCUGAUGCUAUCUGUAAAAAUUAAUAAUAAUAAUAUAGUCUAUUUUACAUAUCAGGAAAGUGAACAUGUUUAAAUAUAGCCAUAUAUAGCGAGAAGGAACUUACCACCCCUUCUUCAAAUCGAGGCAUUUCAUUUGCUGGUUGAAGCAGACGAGAAGUGUACAGAUUAGAAAUGAUUUCUUUCUUUCUUUUGUUUUUAAACGAAUAACCAAUUGGUGCAACUCUCCUUG